AUGGGUCAGAAUGGACUGUAAGGUUAAAAAAGCCGGCUGGACCUUAGACUGUAGACUUAAAUUACAGUAUUUCAUGUCGAUGUUUUGUUGAAGUGUGUUGUCACAGUUAGCUCACUGUGUUUAGCCGGUUAGCCGCGGAGCUUUUCUGGAUAUAAACAAGCCCCAGACACAGGUCGCAGGCUGUCUGCUGUCCAUAACGAGCUAUGGCAAUCAAUAAAUCCAAAGUUGCCAUUGGGUUUAUAGUAGCAGGAGUCCUCACGGUGUUUUUUGGGACGGUUCUCACCUUUGUAGGACCAAUAAUCAUCGACGACCAAGUAGUAAAGAACACGAUGAUCGACCCUAAGAAUGACCUGUCCUACACCAUGUGGAAGGACGUCCCUGUGCCCUUCUACAUGUCUGUCUACUUCUUCAACAUCCUCAACCCCAAAGAGGUCCUGAAAGGAGAGAAGCCCAUGGUGGAGCAGAAAGGACCUUACGUGUACAGGAAACGCAUUCAGAAAGACAACAUCACGUUCCACGCCAACAGUACCGUGUCCUACAGGGAGUACAGGACCUACUUCUUUGAGCCGUCCAUGUCUUCGGGGAACGAGUCCGACGUCGUCACGAUUCCCAACAUGUUGGUGCUGGGUGCCUCCGUCAUGAUGGAGAAAGUGCCCCUCCCGCUGCGGUUUAUGAUGAGCGCCACCUUCAAGACUUUCAAGGAGGGCCCGUUCCUGACCAAGCCCGUGGGGGAGCUGAUGUGGGGCUACGACAGCGGUCUGGUGGAUUUCCUCAACAAAUACCUGCCCGGCAUGCUGCCCACAUCGGGGAAGUUUGGACUCUUUGCUGAUUUCAACAACUCCAACACGGGCCUGUUCACCAUCCACACCGGUAAAGACGACAUCAGGAAAGUCCACAAAGUGGACUCGUGGAACGGCCUGACGGAGCUGAACUACUGGAGGACUCCUCAGUGCAACAUGAUCAAUGGAACAGCUGGACAGAUGUGGCCUCCCUUCAUGACCAGAGAGAGCACGUUGCCUUUCUACAGCCCCGACGCCUGCAGAUCCCUGGAGCUUGUUUACCAGCGUGACGGGAAGAUGAAGGGUAUCCCUCUGUAUCGAUAUGUUGCACCCAAGACUCUGUUCGCCAACGGGACGGAUUACGCUCCCAACGAAGGCUUCUGCCCCUGCAGGCAGUCGGGUCUGCUGAACGUCAGCAGCUGUCGACACAACUCUCCAGUCUUCAUCUCUCAUCCUCACUUCUUCAAUGCUGAUCCUGUGCUGCUGGACUACGUGCUGGGCCUUAAUCCCACAGAAGACGAGCACGGCCUCUUCAUAGACAUCCACCCUCUAACGGGCGUCCCUCUGAAUGUGUCCAUCCGCCUGCAGCUCAACCUCUACAUGAAGAGAGUGUCAGGAAUUACAGAAACUGGGAAAAUUUCAGAGGUGGUGAUGCCAAUGAUCUGGUUUGAGGAGCGUGGCUACAUAGACGGCCCCAUCCUUACGAACUUCCACACAAACCUGGUUAUCCUCCCGACUGUGAUGGAGUACAUGCAGUACGGCUUCAUCGCCCUCGGCCUGGUUACCAUAGUGAUCGCCGCCCUGGUGCAUCAUAAAGUGAAGACACAGAGAAGUGAACGUGAAGGUGGCACCCCAUCAGAUGGAAACCCAAGCACAGAGAAAGACCCCCUGCUGGAAGAGGAUGCAGACUGACACACACACACACACACACACACACACACACACACACACACACACACACACACAGACACACACACACACAGCUGGGGUUGUGGACUUCCUCUCGGCCACUAUCUUGAACUGAAACACUGACACAUGGUGCUCCGCUUGGUAUUUUCUAUGAGUCAUGCGCACAAGUCAAGCGAUGCCAUGUUUUUAUUACCUGUCUCUGACUUUAAUGUUAAUGUCCGACACU